CCUGGGGCUCUGAGUGAAACAUGGUGCUGUCGGAGCUGUCCGCGCGUCUUAACUGCACGGAGUACAAGAACUGGGUGAAGGCAGGACACUGCCUGCUGCUGCUGCGCAGCUGCCUGCAGGGCUUCGUCGGUCGCGAGAUGCUCUCCUUUCAUCGCGACCUACUCGCCACAGCCUCCGGCCUGGGACGUUCCACUUGCAGCGGCGGCUCACGGUGCCACCCCCGCGCUCGCCAGUUUCAGCCUCAGUGUCAGGUGUGUGCCGAGUGGAAACAGGAGAUUCUGAGACAUCACGUUCACAGAAAUGGAGACGUGUACUGGGGAAACUGCCGGCCGGGCCGCUGGCCCCUCGACGCCUGGGAAGUAGCUAAGGCCUUCAUGCCCCGAGGACUGGCAGACAAACGAGGACCUGAGGAGUGUGAUGCUGUUGCUCUUUUGAGUCUCAUCAAUUCCUGCGAUCACUUUGUGGUUGAUCGGAAGAAAGUCACAGAGGUGAUUAAAUGUCGUAAUGAGAUCAUGCACUCUUCAGAGAUGAAAGUGUCAUCUAUGUGGCUUACAGAUUUUCAGAUGAAGAUUCAAAAUUUUCUGAGUGAAUUUAAGAAUAUCCCGGAGAUUGUGGCAGUAUACUCCAGAAUAGAACAGCUGUUGACCUCAGAUUGGGCUGUUUACAUUCCUGAGGAAGACCAGCGAGACGGGUGUGAAUGUGAACUAGGAAGUUACCUGAGUGUGAGCCAAAUCAAUGAAAUCGAAAUGGAAUUACUAAAGGAAAAACUGCAAGAGAUGCGGCUUCAAGCAGAAGAACAAGAGGUGUGGCCCACAGAGGUGGAUAUUGUGACAGACAUUUUCACUUUAACUCUUGAGGGUCUAAAGUGUGUGUAA